GUAAGUUUCUAGUGAACAGGUUUAGUCAUUUAAGAAAGCAUUCAAGGAGAGAAAGCCUCUUCACCUGCAAUGGCAUCCCCAUCUACAGGUCGCCCAGUGACAAUAACUGUGGGUGCCUUGUUGAGGCUUCAAGUGAAACCCCCGAGAACCAGACCCCCGAGGCUUUCAGUUGCAGUCACAGUAGAAAGGGCUCUCCUAACUCUGGCACGCAUCACCUUUGGUGUUGUGUAUUUCAAGGACUGCCCUCAGCAACCUAACAUUCCCAACUACCUGUUAGGGCUGGCUCUCAUAACGCUGCUGAUGAUACCGUACGUGACCCUCCCCUGUGGGAGCUUUGGAGCUCACCCACGGGAGCUUCCUAAAGGCUUCAAAGCCUGUCUGCUCUGUUUGUUAGGCCUGUUUCUCUACUCAUGGAUUCUGGCAGGUGACGUGUGGGUCUUCUCUAUCUAUCAGCCCAACUAUGACCCUGCAGCUGCUGACGGGCUGUACUGUAAUAAGACCCUGUACACAUUUGCUUUCUGGAAUGCAGUGUGGGAGACCUUUGUGAUUUUGUUCCUCCUGGGCGGACUCUGCAAAGGACUGAUGUGUUGUGUGGUGAUGAGUCCUGCACCAACCAACAGAGACUUUGAUGGGAAUGUAUGAGGCGUGGAUGGAAGGACGGAGCAACGGUUGAUGUAAUUAUAGAUCAAAAAUAUAUAUAUAUCAUUGUGUACACUGAGACUGGGACUUUACAUGGAUAUUAUCAUAACUUGUACAGUGGCGGAAUACGUAUGAGAUAGUGUGUGUUUUUUUAUGUCUACCUAAAACUAACAAUCAUUUUCAUCAUUGAAUAUUUUUCCAAUUAAUGUCUUGAUUAUGUCAUUAUUUGUUUGGUCUACGCAAUAGAAAUAAUGCCAAGCACAAUUUCUCACAAUUGAGAAGCUGGAACAAGGGAAUGACGUUCUUUUUAGCUUAAAAGUAAAUGAAUUAAUACCAAUUAGGUCUAUUCUUCUAUCAAUUAAAAGAUUAAAGCAAUUAGUCAUUCCAGCAAUAGUUUUUAGUUUCCUUCUAAACUUGGUUUUGUUAUUAUUCUUUGUCAUUAUGUGUUUUUCUUUU